UAGGUUAUUGAAUGAGGAAGUGUUAGAGAGGGAAGGGUGACGGGGAGGAGGACCGCCUGUGAGGAGAGAGAGAGAGACAGUCAAAGAGAGCGAGAGAAGUCCAACACUGCUACUGAAACGUGUCAGCUGUUGGUUAAGGGAGGCUGAAGAAUAAUUAAGGGAGGCUGAAGAAGGGAGGUAGAGAGAGAGUGUAUGUAUACCAGUGGGGUUGAGAGACCUUCUUCUCUCCAGCGGAGCAGCAAGAUGAAGAGUUUCAUCACAAACACCCUCUCUGACUUCUUCUUCGAGUACGAGACCCCCCGUCAGGUGCUGGUACGGAGCAGGAGGGUGGGGGUCGUGUGCCGAUUGAUCCAGCUGGGGGUCCUGGCUUACAUCAUCGGGUGGGUGUUCAUCUAUGAGAAAGGCUACCAGUCGUCAGACACGGCCGUGGGUUCCGUCUUGACUAAGAUGAAGGGGGUGGGUUACACCAAUGUGACCGGAGAGGAGAGGAUCUGGGACGUGGCUGACUAUGUCUUCCCUGUGCAGGGGGACUCUUCUUUUGUGGUGAUGACCAACUACAUUAUGACCAAAGGUCAGAAAAUAGAAAAAUGUUCUGAGCCCCCAAACUCGAAGAAUCGAUGCAGCUCUGACGCAGACUGUGAAGGGAGAUCAGAACGUACGGGAGAUGGACAUAUGACGGGGAAGUGUUUGGUGAACACAACCAAGAUGUGUGAGGUGCUAGCCUGGUGUCCUGUGGAAGAUGACAGCAGUAUCCCAGAUCCAGCGCUGUUGAUGUCGGCAGAGAACUUCACACUGUUCAUCAAAAACACAAUCAACUUUCCAGCCUAUGGUGUUAUGAGGUGUAACCUCGUAGAAGGUAUCGACAAUCAGUACAUCAAAAGUUGCCUGUAUGACCCAAAGACGGCCCCACUGUGUCCCAUUUUCAGACUGGGCGACUUGGUACAGAUGUCUGGCUUCAACUUCGCCGCCAUAGCCAAAGUGGGUGGGGCGAUUGGUAUCAUCAUUGACUGGACCUGUAACCUGGACCAUGACCAGUCAGACUGUAAACCGAUCUACUCCUUCCACGGUCUCUAUGGAAACCCCGACGAGGCAGACACGGCCAGAGCAUCUGUGGGAUACAACUUCAGGUAUGCAAAGCAUUAUAUGGAGGACAAGCAGGAGAAAAGAACGCUUCUGAAAGUGUUUGGGAUUCGAUUUGACAUCAUUGUUCGUUCAGUGGCCAGAAAAUUUGAUAUCAUUCCAACACUAACAGCUAUAGGAUCUGGUGUUGGAAUCUUUGGAGUGGCGACUGUAGUAUGUGAUCUGAUUCUCCUGUAUCUACUACCCAAGAGGGAAUUCUACAACAACAUGAAAUUCAAGGUCACUGAAACGAUGGAGAAGGAACCUUUAGAUGAGUUCAAGUCUGAAAAAGAAGUAUCCAAGAAGCAUUCAGAAGAGGUUCUAGUGCAUCAUGAGGCACCACUGUCAGAGACUUAGCCCCUACAGCAGCUGCCUGGAUCAGCUCAGUGUUAAGAGUGAUUCUGCAGAGGGGUCCUGACUCCUGGGCUCCAGUCUGCAGUAACAGCUGGCUGCGACUCCAACACACUGACUCCAGACUGCACUGAGACAUCUUAAAGCAGAAAACAAGUGUGAUGGUUUUCUGCCUUGUGUCCACUCUCCAGCUCAAUGAUUCAACUGCUAUUUAAUUGCCUUCAAAUCCUGUCAACAGAUCUCAAACAAUGCUCUCAGUUUAGGAGAUUUUUUUAUUUUACCUUUAUUUAACUAGGCAAGUCAGUUAAGAACAAAUCCUUAUUUACAAUGACGGUCUAGGAACAGUGAGUUAACUGCCUGUUCAGGGGCAGAAUGACAGAUUUUUACCUUGUCAGCUCAGGGAUUCGAUCUAGCAACCUUUCGGUUAGUGGCCCAACGCUCUAACCACUAGUCUACCUGCCGAGAUAGAUAGUUACGGAACAUUCUUUCAGACAGCCACCCUCCUUUGUUUGUCUAAUAACAAUAAUCAGGGAGACAGUUUAAUCAUUGGAAUGUGAUACAAAACAAGGCAUCGAUGUGCUUUAGGAUGUGUUAUAGGAUGCGCUGUUCUCUCAAUGUGUUAUAAUUAGAACUAUGUCUUAGUUUGUGUUAGUUUAGGGUUGGUUCAUUAACUGAAAGAAUCAUGCGUUUUAUAACACAUUCGUUACCUUAAAGUAUCCUGGUUUAUUAACACAUUUUAUAAUAUCUGUUUAUAACACAUUCGUUACCUUAAAGCCGCGGUUCACUCAGAAACAUUCUCUAUUUUCUAUGGGGACACAUUUCUACACAUUUUGUCAUGGGGUGCAGGGAAAAUGUUGCCGUUUUAAAGGUCAUUUUCUUGCAAAUCUAUACAUUUUGCCAUGUCUAAUGUGUAUAUUUGAGUGACUCUAACAUUACUACAAAAUCUCUGGGCUACAAAACGUUAGCUGACGUGGGCUAGUAGAUCUGGACAGUUUCUGACACGUUAUAAAUAUCUCUCUAAGGUCUGUAAUGACUGACAGGACAAGAGGAACUGAUGAUGUACUUCCCAAUAUAGAAGUUGCACCUUGUGUAUUCUACUAUUACAACUUUCAAGAGUAAGUUGAAAGCCGGUUUCCAACCUCUUCCAUCAGCACAGCACACACCAUGUUGUCUUCAAGAAGCAGAAGAAUAGAUGACUACUGGCGCGGGGUAUUCCACCUUGAAAUACUGUAAUAAUGACAUAUUUUUGAUCUUUAAAUCUUUCUCAUCAAUCAACAAGUUUGUGAUUGAUAUGCAAAUUCAAUAAAACAUUGUUGAAGGUUGUA